CCGCUGUGCACACGCAAGUGGCUGAGUUACAAAGGAAAAUACAACUAUUAGCAGGCCCUGGAGCACCUGGACCACCAGCUGAGUGAGAAGGUGAAGCAGCUAAAUGCUCUGAGGCACCAAGUGAGGUUGCGGCAGAAGUGGCUGGAGGAGCUCCAGCUACAGCACAGUCUGCGUGAGCUGGUGGUGACAGAGGCACAAGAUGGCGACACUGAGGUGGCUAAGACCUUGCGGAACCUGGAGAACCGUCUGGAGAAGGCCCGGAUGAAGGCAGAGGAGGCAGAACACAUCACCAGUGUGUACUUGCAACUCAAGGCCUAUCUACAGGAGGAAAGACUUCACUUGGAGAACCGUCUGGACUCCAUGGAGGCUGAGGUGGCAAAAACCAAACACGAGCUGGAGGAACUGCAUGUGGUGAACAAGGAGGCACUCGAUGCCCGGGACAGCGCCAAGAAUCAGUUGCAAUAUAUGGAGGAGACCGUGUUCCGAGAGCGGAAGAAGCGUGAGCGCUAUGUGACUGAGUGCAAGAAACAGGCAGAAGAGAGAAAACUGCAGACCGAACGCAUGGAGCGCAAGACCCAGCGAGAGCAUUUGCUGCUGCAGUCUGAUGAUACGAUCCAGGACAGUCAGCGGGCCAAGGAGGAGGAGCUACAGCUGCGCUGGAACAUGUACCAGAUGGAGGUGCUCUUCGGCAAGGUCAAGGACGCCACUGGGGUGGCUGAAACACAUGCGGUGGUGCGGCGGUUCCUGGCACAGGGCGACACCUUCACGCAGUUGGAGAUGCUCAAGAACGAGAACAAGCAGGUGCUGCUGAGGCUGAAGCAAGAGAAGCAGCAACUGCAGCAGGAGCUUGAAGACCUCAAGUACUCAGGGGAGGCCAGGCUGGUCAGUGAACAGAAGCUGCAGGCGGAGUUGCAGGGUAGCCUCAAGGCAGAGGAGCAGAGAAGGACUGAAGCCCAGAGCGAGCUGGAGCAGGCCACACGAGCAAUGCAGAUGCUGCAAGAGGGCCUGGAGCACCUGGUGGGCAAGCUGGAGCACAUCACAGUGGGUAGCCAGGUCCCUGAGGACGACCCACUCAGAACCACCCAGGACUUAAUAAGCAGUGCAGCCCCUCAGGAGGCCAGUCACUCCACUAGGAAAGAGCUGGGUCCCAAGGCAGGUGACUAUCUGCCCAACCUGCUGGGCCUCUUGGAGGAAAAGCUGCUGAAGCUGCAGACGCAGCUCGAGGGACUCAACGUGCAAGAGAUGCUGGACCACAUUGCAGAUCGUGAGUUUUUCUCCAGCCUAGAGGGAAGACUGCCCACAUACAACACCCGCAUCACCCUGCCCCUUGCCGGUCCCAAGGACAAGUUCUUCGACGAAGAGGAGACGGAGGAGGAAGACAACGAUGUGGUAACUCGAGAGGAGCUCAAGAUCCGUUCCCAGAAAUUAAUCGAAUCUCGCAGCAAGAGGCGCAGUCGCUCUCGGAGGCUCUAGACUCUCCUCCCUCUUGCCCACCUGGUCCGGGCGCCAGCGGAGCUCCCAACCCCUCUGGGCGCAGCCACCCACACUCAGGGCCCCUUCGAGGGCCGAGCAAGGCCUGGGAACAGGUAGAGUGGGCCAUCGGAGCCCAGAGUAAAUAUCCCCAGGCAACUGUGCCGACCUUGGAAUCACGAAAUAAAGGUCACCGACCAG